AUGAAACCCUGGUCUCUGAUCUCGCUCGCAGCCGGCCAGGCUGCUGCUUUCCCACAGGUCCUUCAACACCUCGGUCAAAGCCAACAUAUGCCCCGGGAUGGCUCUACGGAGACCAAUUGUGGACCAGUACCAUGCACUCUGUUCAAUGCCCAGGAACAGUUCGUCGAUGUGUCAGAGGCAAGUGGCCAUCAGUGGAUGACACCCACAGCGGAAGAUCAGAGAGGCCCCUGCCCAGGAUUGAAGUGAGUACUAGAUGCUGCGACUUUAUAGCUGCAGUGGAGUACUGAGUAAAAUAUUGUCCAGUGCCGCCGCAAACCACGGCUUCCUCCCCCGAAACGGCAUCCUCACUACCCAACAAACAAUUGACGGCCUUGCGCAAGCUUUUGGCAUGGCAGCAGACAUCGCAGCCGGUCUCGCCGUCCUCGCGAUUUUACUCGAAGGAGAUCCUAUCGCCCUGACCUGGAGCAUCGGCGGCGCAUAUCCUUCCCCCCUCGUCGACCAGCUAGGCGAAGAACCACAGGGUAUUUCCUGGUCACACAACAAUUACGAAGGCGACUCAAGCGUAACGCGUCAAGACGCCUAUCUCAACGAAGGAGACGCAUCAUCUAUAAACCUCUCUCGCUUCCAAGAGCUGUACAAUUCGGCAGAGCUAUUCACCCUGGACACGUUAAGGGGACAGUUCAAGAAUAAUCAAGAUUACAGCAUCUCCAACAACCCAUACUACUACAGCGCACAGUUCAGCGGACUCCUCGUCGUCCCAGCGGCCCACAACUUCAUCAUCAACUUCUUUAGCAAUCAUAGCGCCGAGCAGCCUAAUGGCUAUCUAGACCGCGAAACCCUCAAAUCUUUCUUCGGCAUCACCGGCGAGCCAGGGUCUUUCGUAGCAAAUCAAGGACAAGAACGUAUACCGGAAAACUGGUAUCGCCGACCUUCUUCGAACCAAUACAGUCUGGCGGCUGCUCUAGCGGACGUAACAGCCGGCUAUACCAAAGACCCAAGCACGUUCAAAUUCGGCGGCAAUACCGGCAGCACCAACUCUUUCGUCGGCAUCGACGUCGGUGACCUCACAGGAGGGCUCUUCGAUGCUCAAAAUCUCAUGGAAGGGAACAAUUUGGGCUGUUUCAUUCUCCUGACGCAACAGCAGGAUUUUCCAGAUAUCUUGAAGGGAUUGGAGGGCAAUGUUGUGGCGCCAAUUACGGAUUUGAUUGGGCAAUACUUCACUCCCCUCUUGGACACGUUGAGGUGUCCGCAGUUGGAAUCGUAUAAUCAGGGGCUUUUCAAUCAGUUCCCGGGGUACAAGUACCAUCCCAAUGCUACGGGGACGCCGGGUGGACUUGGACAUGGGACGAUUGGAUAG